AUGCGUCAUAGUUUCAAAGGUCAAAUCUUUGCAAAAUUGUGAAAUCAUGGCUAGUUUUACCAUCUCAAGCGAUUAUAGGUAUACAUAUUCCAGACACCCAUGAUGGGGAAAUCUUUGCUGAUCUCCACUUCAUUCUUCUUAGAUAUGUGCUCCUUGCGGCAACUUUGUCGACAUUCGUUCCCAGCUAUCAUACUCAUGUCACCGACGCAUUUCGAGCUAAAUCAGGCGUUCAGUACCCAAACGCCUACGCCUCUGCAGCCGAGGCAGCUGUCUCUACAGACAAAUAUCGCUUCAACUGUGCCCAGAAAGCCCACGCCAACCUUACCGAAAACCAUACAAGUUUCGUCUGCGCUCUGUUGAUUGCUGGAUUAAAGUACCCAAAAUUGAGUGCUGUUCUUGGGAGUCUCUGGUCUGUUGCGCGCGUGCUAUAUCUUCUAGGAUACACAAGGAAAGAGCAUGCCGAGAAUGGGAAAGGUCGUCACUGGGGCACAUGGUGGGCGUUUCCUCAUAUUAUUUUGAUUGGACUAGCCGUGGCUUCUUCACUCAAGGUAUUGUAGUCUGUUAAAUCGCAAGAUUCAUCACCUUAUCGUCAUGGAAUUCGAAUAGGAUGUCUAUUGCCUUCAAGUUCUUCUCAUUAUUUUCAACUGGG